GGUGUCGGGAGACUCGGCGAUGUGCUGAGAAGGGGCAGCUCCCAUCAGGUUUCCGCGCUUCGCCCUCCUCUUUCCCUGCCUGCCCCCGCCUUCCUGCAGCGGCGGACCCAGCGUUUUGUGUGAAGAAAUUCUUCAGCCAUGGAUGUGUUCAUGAAAGGACUAAACAAGGCAAAGGAGGGAGUUGUAGCAGCAGCAGAGAAAACCAAGCAAGGAGUGGCUGAAGCAGCAGGAAAGACAAAAGAGGGAGUCCUCUAUGUGGGUUCCAGGACCAAGGAAGGAGUUGUUCAUGGUGUCACAACGGUGGCUGAGAAGACCAAAGAGCAGGUAUCCAAUGUUGGGGGAGCUGUGGUGACAGGGGUGACGGCAGUGGCCCAGAAGACAGUGGAAGGAGCAGGGAAUAUUGCUGCAGCCACUGGCUUGGUGAAGAAGGAUCAGCUGGCUAAACAGAAUGAAGAAGGUUUCCUGCAGGAAGGGGUGGUGAAUAAUACUGAUAUUCCUGUGGAUCCUGACAAUGAGGCUUAUGAAAUGCCUCCAGAGGAAGAGUAUCAAGAUUAUGAACCUGAAGCAUGAGAAAUCUUUUCUUCCUUUAUAUCUCCUGAAAUCUACUAACAAAGACGUCCCAUCCUGUACAAGUGCUGAGUUCCAAUGUGCCCAGUCGUAAAAUUUUUUUACAGUUUUUACAGUGUAUUUUGAAGUCUUCCAUCAGCAAUGAUUGGAGUAUCUGUGACUGCAUCCACCUUGUUUCAGCAUUUCCCUCCUGCUGAAAUGAAAGCUGGUUGGCAGGGUCAUUGUUGUGCUGUGGAUAUUGUGGCUUCACUUUUAAAAGUUAAAAACAAAAUACUAAAUAAAAACACCUAAGUGUCUACUGCUUAUUUCUAACUCUGUACAUGUUUUGUUGAUAGGCUGUCAGUAAUUUGAUAUUGUUUAUGAUACAAUUUUUAUUUGUUUCCUAUGACUAUUAUUUCUGUGCAGAAAAGACUUAUUGUGAAAGCUUUAUGUAAAUGUUAUGUAUUAUAUAUAUAAAAAAGUAACUGAGCAUGAACUAUGCACCUAUAAAUAUUAACUGUUGAAAUCUUAUUGUUGUGUGAUGUGUUUUAUUAACUUGUGUCUGUAAAUAAUGG